AUGAACUGCGGGGAUGCGAACUUGGACACGCUUCUGGUGCGGUUCACAAACAAAAAGGAGCGUGAAAUACUGGAACAGUAUGCAGACUUGUAUGCCAUCUUGAAGACGACAGAGAAGCUAGAGCGGGCGUAUGUGCGGGACGGGAUCAGCGCCAAAGAGUAUGAGCUGGCGUGUGAGAAGUUGAUAGGGCAGUUCCGCACUCUGUGGGACACUGUGCGCAGCUCGGUGCCCGAUGUGGAGCAGUUCAUGGCCACCUACAACAUGCAGUGCCCCAUGGCAGCCAAGCGGCUGAUCCACUCGGGCAUGCCCGCCACCAUAGAGCACAACGUGCGGCCGGCGCGCGACUCCACCGCCUCCACCGCCAUUGCGGUGGCGGAGACGGUGCAGCACUUCAUCACCGCCAUGGACUCGCUCAAGCUCAACAUGGUGGCGGUGGACCAGAUCUACCCGCUGCUCAGCGACCUGGUGCAGGCGAUGAUGAAGGUCAGCACGCUGCCGCCCGACAUGAACGGCAAGAAGUCGGUGCGGUCGUGGAUGAGCAAGCUGCACGGCAUGCCCGCCAGCCACGAGCUCAAGGACGACGAUGUGCGGCAGCUGCUGUUCGACCUGGAGAGCGCGUACAACGAGUUCAUGGCCAACCUGCCUCGAUGA